GUGUGUGUGUGUAUCCAGAUAUGUGUGUGUCUCUCUGUUGAAGGGCCAUAGAAUGCUUUUUCCCCUGGAGAAGGUGCAACAUCAGAAGGUGCAAGAUAAACCUUAGCCAGCUCUUUGCACGGUGCUGAAUGCCUUCUCUCCUUCGAGGGGCCGACCUACCCAGAGCUUUGCUGCAGCCUAUGGGGAGCUGAUUCCAUGUGGCAACUCAUUGAUGCAGUCGGUGAACUCUGCGUAGUUUCAUCCUGUCUUUAAUACCUGGCCCGGGCAGUCCAAGGAGAGAGAAGCAGGCCCAAGGAGGACAGCGCCAAUCAGAAGGUGUUUCCAGCUAUUCGGCGAGUGGAUGAGGCCCCUGCUACAGGGACAUUGAGAGUGGAGCUGAAAAAAAUACUGGUGUGAAUAGGUAAUGGAGACCUCCAACAACUCUACUGACUACUACGACUAUUAUCCUGUUUAUGAUUAUUUUACCACGGUUAGUGUUAAGCAAGAGCCAUCGCACGAUGCAAAAGACGUUGCUAGAAUCCUCUCUGUUGUAGUCUACAGCCUCACCUGCCUCCUGGGAAUUCUGGGGAACGGCCUAGUCAUCUCGAUCAUCACUUUCAAGAUGAAAAAGUCCAUCAAUGCCAUUUGGUUUCUCAACCUAGCUGUUGCCGACUUUCUUUUCAACGUCUUCCUGCCGCUGAAUAUCGCGUACACUGCCAUGAACUACCAUUGGGUCUUUGGGGUGGCCAUGUGCAAGUUAAACUCUUUCCUCCUCAACCUGAACUUGUACAGCAGCGUACUGCUGCUGACGACGAUCAGCUUAGACCGUUGUGUGUCCGUCGUCCUCCCAGUCUGGGCCCAAAACCAUCGAACCACUACGCUGGCAUGUUUGAUUUGCGGCGUCGACUGGGUGCUUGGUGUGGCAAUGAGUUCCCCGUCUCUCGUUUUCCGGGACACUGCAUCUCACAAAGGCAAUGUGAUCUGUUUUAGUAACUACACCUUGUCCGGGAAUCAGUCUGACCAUCGUCUGGGCAUGAUGAGACACCAGACUGUAAACAUGGUCAGGUUUCUGAUAGGGUUUGUCAUUCCCAUCACCAUCAUCACAGUCUGUUACAUGAUCAUCUUCGUCAAGCUGAAACGAAACCGGCUUGCCAAAUCCAAAAAGCCCUUCAAGAUCAUUGUCGCCAUUAUUGUGACCUUCUUCCUGUGCUGGGCCCCCUACCAUGUCCUGCAAGUCCUGGAAACGCAGCAUGACCAAGUCUCCCAUGUGGUAUUAGAGACUGGGAUUCCCAUCACCACGGCUCUGGCUGCGGCCAGCAGCUGCAUGAAUCCCAUCCUUUAUGUCUUCAUGGGCCAGGACUUUCAAAAGUUUAAGUUGACCGUCCUCUCCAGAUUAGUGAACGCACUAAGUGAAGGCAGCACCCACUCGACUCUCACUCAGAGGAGCUUCUCUAAGAUGUCCUCAAUGACUGAAAAGGAUACCACCCUUCUCUGAGCUCUACCUUUGGUACCUCAGGGGCUCACCCAGGAUAAGCUCCAUCAGCUUUUAUUUGGAAGCAAAGGAUAAUUGCACUGAGAUCUAUGAACGUUCUCUAGUGCUUUCAAAAUAUGGUUGACGAACACUUUCCAAGUGUUCCAAGCAGUGCCUGGGUUUUCCCUAUCAAAUCUGUGCAUCUACCCACAUUAGACAUGUCUGAUGACGGGUGCCAUGAAUCUUCACUAUAGAUUUUCUGACCCAGAUUGUUAAAGGGACAAACCAUAGCAUGUUUUAUAUGCAGUUGCAAUACCAACGCUGGUAGCUCUUCAUGUACCUUUUGCUUGCACCUUUAGGGAUAGCUUAGUGGGGGGAGGGAUAACUUAGUGGUUUGAGCAUUGGCCUGCUAAACCCAGAGUUGUGAGUUCAAUCCUUGAGGGGGCCACUUAGGGAUCUGGGGCAAAAUUAGUACUUGGGCCUGCUAGUGAAAGCAGGGAGCUGGACUCAAUGACCUUUCAAGGUCCCUUCCAGUUCUAGGAGAACUCCAAUACACUUUUCUCCUCAUGCCUCCUGAACUGCUCCAGAGAAGGACAAUACCAUCUUAAAGCACCUGGAAUCAAAACUGCAGAUAUGGAUUAUUAUGUCCUAGAGUUUGGAACGCUCUGCGGCCAAAAUGCAUUUCCAUCUUUGCCUAUUGGACUAGUUAAUUUGUUCAGUCUUUUGCCCAAAUCAGAUCCUCAAAGAUUAUACAUGCUCACACCUAAUAAUUGUGUGUUUAAACCCUGCAUUAGUGGUGACUGCACAUGCAGUCUGGUAUUUGCAUGCACAAAUCUCCAUUUGCACAUACAAUUGCUUAGUCUAUGGGAAAAUUAGCAUCCAAAUUUAGAAAAUUUGACCUUAAAUGAUUAGAAGACUGGGUAAUGUAGACGUUUCCAGAGACAAAGGAAAUUGAAGAGACUUAUGCCAAAGAGAGAUAAAAGUGCAGAGAAGAGAAAAACAGAUUGCUUCUCGCUGAAGUUGGGGAGAAGGUGGAGGAGGCCAUGACUUGUAACUCUUAGCUUUGAGAACAUCCUUCCAAUGCCCACCACUAAGGAUAAGAUUAUGUCACGGAAGUCAUGGAUUCUGUCACUUUCACAGCCUUCCAUGACAUUUUCCGCUUCAGCCCAAAGGUAGCAGGGGAUGAGAGUUGUCAGCCAGCGGGGGCCAUGGAGCUGCGCCAGGCUGCGAGGGCCCCAGAACCCUCAGUCACUGCAGGUGGCAGGAGGCCCCAGAGGGUGUCGGAAGCACCUGGCGUGCCACCCAUAGGUGGCGGGGGCAUCUGGAGGGCGGCGGGUGGUGGGGGCACCUGUCCGUGACUUUUACUAAAAAUAACCGUGACAAAAUCUUCACCUUGCCCAUCACACAGUGGGAUCAAAAUACGGUGCUACUCUAGCUGGGAUAUAUAUUGCCUAUUAUAUAAGAAAAUGAUUAUGAACAUGUUAUGUAGAGUGUAUGCGUAUAGCCACUUAACCAACAUUUUAAAGGCAUAUAAUAUAUUGGCACUAGUA